CAGGAACUGUCCUACAUCACAAUAUGACCCAUAAGGCACCGUACUCGCUAGACAACUCCUCAUAAUCUAGCCUCUGACCACUUUCCAUAGCGAAAGGACCAGGACCUUGGACCUUCUUCUCGAUGAUCUUCUCGCAUCUCCUUCAUUAAAUCAUUCAACUGCUAAGAACGUUUCCCCGAGGUUCAGGACCGGGUGAUCGACCUUGUUCAACGUAUCUUACUUCUAGAGUCCAACCAUGGCAUAUCGUCACCCCUUUGCAUCUAGCGAACUGCCAGUUCUCAGAGACAUUGGGGAGCUUCAGGCUCUGUCUCACGGGACUUUUCCUGAUGGCUUCAAUGACGACGCCUUCAUGGCUGACCUGGACCAGGCCGCGACAUGGGGAUUUUACGCCAACGACAAUGAGACAAGCGAUGCUUUGCCCUCGAUUGGUCAAAGACCUGCGAAGAAACAAAGAACCGGUCCAUCGGCGCAGAGCGAAGCUAUAUCGGAAGCGCACGUCCAGAAUCGAGGGCCCGACUCGGACUCAAGCAUCAGCCAAAGAACUUCCCGGAAUUUGCCUCCGGUCAUUGAUCUCACUGAAGACCUCACUGAGGAUAACCUGCUUACCGAAAUCCUAGAGAUCUUUCCAGACAUCGAUGUUAACUAUUUAAAGGGACUCAUCCAGCGUCAUCUCCAGCUUGUGUUGCAGACGAAGGCAGAGAUCCCACUCACCGUCCCUGAUAAAGACUUGGCAAAAGGCGCAGUUACUGAGGAGAUUCUUGGUAACCCUUCCUACCCCAGAAAGCAGCGAAAGCUCAAAAGGACACUUGACGAAUUCGACUCGGCAAAGAAAAAGGAAGACGAUAUCCAGAAGUGGAUGAAAAAUAUUCCGCAAAGGGGAAGUACUCUGUAUCUCGAAAUCACUGCUAGGUUGUUGGCAAUUGAGUUUCCUGCAGUGCCCUGGACAUAUAUUCAGAAUCUUACGUUGCACAAGAGAGAACUAUACGCCGCAUACCUCAGUCUGUCUGCAUUGGAAGACCCUUCUAGCAAGUCAGCUAAGCCCUACAAAAACGAACAAUAUCGGCACCAACAUUUACGUGAAGACCUGUACAAAUCAUAUCCGCGGACGCUACGAAUCAUGCAAGACCUCGAUCGCGAGCGUCGAGCGGCAGCAGCAGCAGCACGGCAGGCUCGGGCUCAAGAAGCCGAGGAGCGCAAUGUUCAAACAGGGAAUCUUGUGGAAUGCCAGUGCUGUUUCGAGGAGGUCCCUGCGAACAAAAUCCUGCCAUGCGAAGGACUGGACGUCCACUUUUUCUGCUAUACUUGCAUGCAAUCUUCAGCAAAAACACAAAUUGGGCUGAUGAGAUACAAGCUACAAUGCUUCGACGGCAGUGGGUGUCAAGCACAGUUUGAUCGACACGGGCUCAGGCAUGCCCUGGGAAAGAAGAUCAUGGAUAAGCUCGACGCACUUCAGCAGCAGGAUGAGAUACAGCAAGCGGGACUGCAAGGCCUCGAGUCCUGUCCCUUCUGCGACUACCAUGCCAUAUGCCCACCCGUCGAAGAAGAUCGAGAGUUCUAUUGCCUGAACCCUGACUGCGAAGUGAUUAGCUGUCGCAUGUGCAAGGAGAAAAGCCAUGUUCCGAGCAGCUGUGAGGAUGCCAAGACCGACAAACGACUCCCCUACCGCCAUCGCGUGGAAGAGGCAUUGAGCGAUGCGCUCAUGCGGACUUGUCCACAGUGCAAGGUGAAGAUUGUCAAAACCGAUGGCUGUAACAUGAUGACUUGCGCGAAAUGCAGGACCCGGAUGUGUUAUAUCUGCAACGCAAGAAUCGAACCUCACGAAAACUACGAACACUUUCACCGAAGGGGAGGUUGUUCCUUGCACGAUCUUCCGGGUGUAGAUCCACACCGGGCACAGAUCGAGAGAGCGGAAGCAAAUGCUGUUGCCACGAUUUUGGCGGAGAACCCUAAUAUCGUUGAGAAAGAGAUUCGAGUGAAUGAAGGACCAAAAAAGCAGGACGCUGCGACACUGCGCCAGCAAGGUCGGCCACCUCAGCGACCCCGGCAACCCCAACUCCGUCAGCAGCAGCAGGGUCAACAGCGCCCUCCGCACCGUCAACCGUAUCAGCAAGGGCAACCUCGUCAGCCUACGCAAGGGCCUCAGCAUUUUCGAUACAAUGAUCCGUUUGUCAGCGUUCGCGCCAACGGGGGUGGUCCCCUUCACGUCAACGUUGACAACUCCUUAACAUAUUUUGCCAACAGGAUACGGGACUUUCAUGCCAGCAAUUUCCCUUGGGAAACUCCUGGCAACACCUCUUAUCCUCUUCCCAACUUGCCUGUAGACCAGAGAAUUUCUAUCGACGCUGGCUUUCCACCACAGGCCCGCACUCCGAUGACCCCCAAUAUGGCAACCGAGCGCCCUUUCCCUCCUUAUUUUCCUCUCUACCAUGGCCAGGCCGUACCGAUGGUACCAUACUCUCUUCAGCAGCCCAUUGUAAACCAUACACCUUUGCCGCGGGGCUUGAAUCCAGCUCACCUAUCAACUCACACCCCCACCGAUGGUUCCUGAGAAUGUUCAACGGCCAUCCGGCGGGCUGGGAGGAUAUGCUCACGAUGAAGCUCCCAUCUCAUUGUGAACGAAGACACAAACUUUUGUUAAAUCAUACUAUCUGUCGGCUGCAUAUCAUGCCACUUAUUUCCCCUAUCUAAUGAUUCUAACAGCUUUCAGCUUUGAAGCAUUUUGAUUUCACUUUUUUUUUCAGGGGCACUAUUUCGUCUCAUGAUCAGUUGCACCUCUCGC